AUGUAUCAACAACAAAUUUUAGCAUCACGAACAACAAUAACACUGCCAGCAUCAACACGUCACUGGCCACUACUGCAAGAAGCAGUCAAUGCACCCAUAGGUACCAUCACCGUUAAAGCCAUCAGUAGUGCACUAGCAACCAUUGCCAAAGGUCGACGUCGCCGCGACCUUCAAUGUGAUAAAACCGAUAGUUCAGGUCCCGCUAUCAUCUUUAGUAUUGACUUAAAUUGUCCAUCAAGUUUGCCAUGCCAAAACGUGACCUAUCAAAUCGAUUUAUAUACCAGUAUUCAUGAAAAAUUCAAUAAGAUGACCGAUAUCAGUAUCCCAACAGACGAUGGAAGCAGCUUAUCUUUAGAGCUUUGCCACGUUCAAUCUUAUCCCAACGGGAAUAAUAAUAUUGAUACCAGUUCCAAUGGUGUUGUUAUCGGACCGAUAACGUCAUCAACAUCAACGACAAUAACUACGGAAACAACCACAAUUAUAAUAAUAACAGCUACAACAAUGACAACAACAACAACAACAGCCUCAACCACAUCAACAACAGCAACAACCUCAACUACAUCAACAACAACAACUACAACUACCACAACUACAACAACAACUACUACCACAAGUACAACUACAACCACAAGCACA